AUUGUUUACAUGCGCAAAAGUCACACACCAACAAAUAUCAGCGUUGUAAAUGUAAAAGUAAACAACCAUGGAAGACUGUGCUAAAAAGUGGCCUAGUGGGUGGUGGUGGCAAUUCUUCACAUCUGUGUAUGUGUGUGUAUGCAAAGUUAGAGAGCUGCAUUGUUGCAUCUAUGCAUAUUUUGUCUUUAUUUACACAAAAAAAAAAAAUAAAACAAAAAAUCUAACAGCGUGUGUCUCCCACACGCUCAGCACUUUGUCGGUUGCGCUGUUAGUUUGACACUCUUUGGGAAUUUCGCUGCAGCUUAUUUGUGGCUGCAAAAAUAUUUUAGGUGAGACAUUUUUGUGCUUACGGCGAGAAAUGCAAGCAACAAUGCUGCAAGUAUUUGCCAACAAUUUCUGUGGCUUCAUUUUCAUGUUUUUUUUGGACAUCAUAUGCAGUUCACCAUGGUUUGACAUACACCUCAACAGUAGUCACUGGCUUUUCGUCAACAAAAAUAGCUGAGCUGUGCAGUGAAUAGUUUCAGUUGGCGCCUCGGAACCAUACUUAUAUUUAGUAUAUUUAGUUUUACUCCCAGCUUGUGUUGUUGCUGCACUUCGUCGUUGCUGUGCUGCUGCUGCUGCUCUCCGUUGGCAAGCGCAGAGUGAGUGCUCGCACAGAGACCCGCUGUAGCCACAGCCAGUCAGCAAAGCAGUCAGUUUAUGGGCAUUCUCGCCUCAUUGUCGUACCAUCCGUCGUGUUGUCGUGAUCGCUGUGGCUUAUUUUUUGCAUUAAAUCAACGCAGACGCGUCCUGCCCCACCGUGUAUAUUGUGUAUGCAAACGUUUCUUACAUACGCGCGUAUGUAGUCCCCUUCAAGUACGAGUAGACUGGGAGUCGUGUGCGCUUUUCUUCUUAUUAGAUAUAUUUCUAUUUGUUUUUUUUUUCUGUUUUUUUUUCUGUUUUUUUUUUUUUGCAUUUGCCUCAGUGACAAUUAGUGUUGGGCAAAAUCUCUCGCACUCGAAACGUUUAAUGCGAUUUUUAGUGUGUAUCUCACGUCAGCCAGCGCAGCACAGCAGCAAUUAGAAAAGUAGCAAUAACGCAGCGUAAAAAGGAGAAAUAAAAAUACAGACUGUAAAAAAAAUCAGUAAGCUUGUAGCCUAAUUAAACUGUUAAGAGUGCUGAGCGUUGGCUUACACAAAGUGUUAAUUCAAAAACGUACAACCGUUUACAGUUAUUAAGUGAUUUUUGUCGUCGCCUUUGUUUACGCGUUCAACUUUGAGCGAAGCAAGCUGAGCGAAUAUUAAUUAAAAAAUAAAUAAACAAACAACAAUAACAAUUAAAUUAUACUCACCCUCACACACACACUCCUUAAACGCCUCAUCCAAGUGCGGCGGCAAACGUUCUCGGCCUUAAAUGUUCAUCAAAAAUAAUACGCUUUUGAAUAGCAGCAGCGGUGUUGGCGUUGGCAACGGCAGCGGUAGCAGUAACGGUAGCGGCAGUGAUCGACUUGGUGUUGACAGCAUCGUAGGUGUUGGCGGUGGGGUUGGUGAGAGUGUUGGCGCCAGCAGCGUGGCAGGCAGCAUCAGCAUAGCGAGUAGCAGCAGCGUCGGCGGUAGCAGCAACAGUAUCGGCAUUGGUGGCGGAGGCGGCGGCGGCGGAGGCAGCGCAGAGUUGCUCUACCCAAGCAGUAGCAGCAGCAGCAGUUCAAGCGGCAGUGGUCAGGCGAGCAGCGCUUGCAGUCACAGCGGCAGCAGCAGCAGUGUUAGCACAGGCAGUGCGGCACCUUUGAAUCCGACGCGUCGCUGCGGCACACAGACUGACAACAAUAAUAGCGGCAGCGGCAAACGCGGCCUCAAUUUGAGCUUAUUACACAAUCACAGUUCGAGUAACAGCAGCAACAGCAGCAGCAGCAGCGGUAACAAUAAUAACAACAAUAACAGUAGCUCUAACGGUAGCCACAAUCACAACGGCACCGGCGGCGGCCUUGGUUUGUUAGUUGGUCACAGUGUUGGUGGCAUAGUCGGCAGUGGUCGACGCUUAAUCGGCGGUCUUGGUGGCAGCAUUUGGCGCUCAGCCACUUCGACUACAUCCUCAUCAUCAGCAGCAGCAGCAGCAGCGGCGCCAGCGUCGAUUUCGGACGCAACUCAAACAAUCGGUAACAUCUCGGCGUCGGGUUCUGCGUCCGCGUCGGCAUCCUCGAAUUCGACAUCGGCCUCAUCGCCGACCGCCUCAUACGCCAAUUCCACGGCCAGCAGCAGUGCUGUGGCAUUGACCAUCGCUGACGGCAAUUACUUUCGCAGCGGCAGCGCACCGGCAGCAGUGGCAGCGGCAGCAACAGCAGCAGCGAUUGUUUAUAGCGGUGCCGCCAAUAGCAGAUACUUUCUGCGCGGCCAUAAGAAAACCUUUCUCUUUCACACGGUUAACAACAAAACAGCCACAACGGGUAAUAACGUGAGCGCAGUUGCUGGCGAGAGCAGCGCCAUCAUCAAAAUGGACGAGGAGGAUUCCAUGGAUGAGGAAGUGCCCCAGACAUUCCUCGGCUCUUCGGAUGCGGAUGAUGAACCUAUAAAACAACUGCCAAAGGAAAUUCUUUUACGUAUUUUCUCCUAUUUGGACGUGGUGUCUUUAUGCAGAUGUGCACAAGUCUGCAAAUAUUGGAAUGUGUUGGCCUUGGAUGGAUCAAGUUGGCAGAAAAUCAAUUUGUUUGAUUUUCAACGUGACAUCGAGGGUCCAGUUAUUGAAAAUAUAUCCCAACGAUGUGGUGGCUUUUUGAAAUUCCUUUCAUUGCGCGGCUGUCAAUCAGUUGUUGAUAAAUCAAUAAGAACAUUAGCACUUCACUGCCCCAAUAUAGAAAACUUGGACUUAUCCGAAUGCAAGAAGAUCACCGAUAUAUCGACACAGUCAAUAAGCAAAAACUGUAAAAGAUUGGUCGCAAUAAAUUUGCAAUCGUGCUCUAAUAUAACUGAUGAUAGUUUAAAAUAUAUAUCGGAUGGUUGUUCGAGCUUACUUGAAAUCAACAUUUCAUGGUGUCAUUUAAUCUCAGAGAAUGGCGUUGAGGCCUUGGCGCAUGGCUGCAAAAAGCUGCGCAAAUUCUGCAGCAAAGGUUGUAAACAAGUCAAUGACAAUGCCAUCACCUGCCUGGCAAAACACUGUCACGAUCUAAUGGUGCUCAAUUUACACAGCUGUGAGACCGUCACCGAUGCCUCUAUACGACAGAUCGCCGCCAAUUGUCCUAAAUUGCAAAAGCUUUGCGUUUCGAAAUGCGUCGAGCUCUCCGAUCUCUCGCUAAUGGCUCUCUCACAGAACAAUCCAAUGCUGAAUACACUUGAAGCGUCGGGCUGUCGCAAUUUCACCGAUAUCGGUUUUCAGGCAUUGGGCAAGAAUUGCAAAUACUUGGAACGUAUGGAUUUGGAGGAGUGCAAUCAGAUAACCGAUUUGACGUUGGCGCAUUUGGCAACCGGUUGUCCCAGUUUAGAAAAACUGACUUUGUCGCAUUGUGAGCUUAUCACUGACGAUGGUAUACGUCAGCUGGCGGCUGGUAGUUGUGCAGCUGAGAGUUUAUCCGUCCUCGAAUUGGAUAAUUGUCCAUUAAUCACCGAUCGUACAUUAGAGCAUUUAGUAUCUUGUCACAAUUUACAAAGAAUCGAGCUAUUCGACUGCCAAAUGAUAUCGAGAGCAGCAAUACGAAAAUUAAAGAAUCAUCUACCAAAUAUAAAGGUACACGCCUAUUUUGCACCAGUUACACCGCCACCAGUUACCACUGGACAUCGCCCACGGUAUUGUCGCUGUUGUGAGAUUCUCUGAGAUUCGGCCAUCGGCUUCGCCAGGAAAUUCUUGUGCAAGGGCCCUACUGACUGAUGUUUGUAUAUAUUUUCUAGUAUAUUACUAAUUGUUUUGACGAUCAUUAUGACAUCGCUAACACUCAUGUAUAUCUUCUCGUUGUUUCACUAUGUUUUUUGAGAAAUAACCAUAAACAACAACAACAAAUGACAACGUGUAUAUGUAACGUAAACGAAAAUAACAACAACAACAAUUAUAAUACUAUAAUAACAAAUGCGAAGAGCAAAAUUGCACGAAAAUUGUAUUUGUUACAUACAUAACUCCGCUUUAUGUAAGAGAUUAAAUUAUAUUUAACAGCGACAACUUUUGAAUAUUUUGUGCAGUCAAAAAAGGAGUAAAGAAAUUGAAAAAAAAUAUAUAUGUUUGUAUAUGUGAAAUAAAAAAAAAAGAAUAUAAACGAAAUGUACUAGACGAAAGCAACAAGAGCAAGGCUUGAAAAUAUUUAUUUGAUUUCAGCACACAUACAUACAUAUAUACUCAUAUAUAUUAUAUUUACAUAUAUUAGCAGUGACCCAGAGAUUUUUUUAACGAAAUUCUAAAAUCAAAAUAUAAAAUGCACAAAGCGAAAUUAAACACAAACAAGACUAAACGUUUAAAAAGCGAACAAAAAAUAAUAAAUUCUUUAAAAAAACAUAUAUAUGUAUGUAAUUGAUUGAAAUUUUAGUGAUUGAAAAAAAAACCACAAGCAAAAAUAAACAAAAAUUAAUAAUAUUAAUUAAAAGGCUUCUCUGCGUAUAACGCUUUGCAAACACUAUUUUACAAAUAUUAAUUUUGAUUUCAUAAUGCAUACAGAAAUUUGAGUAUUAGGACCAGAAGCAAUAUACAGUUGUACAUAUAGAGCGUGUGAAAGGUGUAAAGAGCAGAUACAAUUGGAGUUUGCUGAGCAGAUGUAGCGAAAAUGUUUUGUGAUUUUAUGCGAUUUUGCCUGUAAUUAUAUAUACACACACAUACAUAUGUAUAUGAAAUUUACAUUUUGUGUUUUUGUUGUUAUUUCUCGAUUAAUUAUUUUUUAAAAUUUUUUGUUACAUGUUUUUAGUCUAAAGCGAGAUUUUAUAUAUACAUAUAUAUACACAUACAUACACACACAUACUAUGCAUACGAUAAUAUUUUAUUUUUUAUACAUACGAAAAAUUGCGAAAAUACACAUACAUACAUAAAAUUAUACUGCAAGUAUAUAGUAAUACAUUAAAAAAUAUAUAUUUAAAAAAUUUAAAUGUGCUCCUUACGUUUGGGACAUAAAUAUGUAAAUAAUAAAUUAAAAAUUUGUACAUACAAACAUAUGUAUGUGUAUGGGUGUAACCUGCUUUGUAUUGCAUUAAAAAAUUAUCUAACGUUGCAUAUAUUUAGGCUGAAAGUAGUUUUAAAUUCUCUCAUUUUUGAGGCAGUUAGUUUAGUUCAACAUAAAAAUUAAAUUAUUAAAUUUUUGUUUGAAAAAAUAUGUUUUUCUCAUAAAAAAAUAUUUGUGGCAUUAUUUUAUAUUUUCAAUUUAAAUAGUAGUUUCAUUACAUUUUUAAACUUAAAAAGUGCUGACUUUAAUUGCUAUAACAUAAUUCUCCAAAUUUUUUAAUAAUGAUUUUUUAUUCGCUCAUGUAACGUCAACUUCUUAACUGCUAGAGAGAUUUUUUUUAUUUUUUUAUUUGUGGACUUCAUUAGUAAAAAUUAAUUCAAUUAUAGCGUUUUCUUUUAUCAAAAAAAAUGUAACAUUUAUUCUGCCCUGUAUUCGGAUUUUCAAAUUGUGGAUGAGAGUUGACCAGCAUAAUAGGAAGACACUUCUCUGUUCUUUUAUCACGUAAAAAAUGGAAAACAUUCAAAAAGGUAGUUCAGCAUUUGUAUAAUGUUGAAAUAUAAAAAGGCAGCAUUUACAUCGAGAAAAGAAAACGCUAUUAGCUUCAAAAUUUAGCACACUUUCUAAGUUUUUUUUACUUUAAUUUAGACUAUUACUAGUCAAAUAUAUUUAUUACUUGAAACGAACAAAUAACUGUUAUAAAUUGUUCAACUUUGUUGUUGGUUUCACUUAUAUGUUUUCAGUUUUUUAUUUUUUGUUAAAAAAAAGUUGAUAUUAAACUUAGUAAGCAAAGAAGUGACGAUUCGAAGGCUGGUAAUAUGUAAUGCAUUAGAAUAUGGUUAAAUUAUUAAAAAAAAAAUUUAAUGAAUCCGUGAAUAUAUUGUUGUACUAAAAGAACAAUUAUAUGUAUUUCUUGUUUAUGCUCUAAAAAAAUAUGUGCAGUUUCUUUUUUAAUUUUUAGAAUGAAAAAAUAUUUUAUUUAUCUCACAAAAUUUAUAUAAACAUUUGUCUUUUCGAAUUUUUAAUGCAAAAAGCAGCAUUCUUAUAUUAUUAGCAUUUUUGUAAAAAAAAAAAUAUUUAAUUAAAAAAAAUUAUUCAAUUAAUUGAUAAUAACUUGAAAAUAAUUUUUCUUGAUUUAAUAUUGUAUUACUGCAGCAAUUACUGUUUACUAUUACUGUUUACAUUUGAAAUUUUAUUUUUAAAGUUUAUUUUAAAUAAUUAUUUUUUUUUUUAAUAUAAAUUUUAAUAAUUGUUGAGAUAUCAUUUAGUGAAAAUAACAGUGGUUUGAAAGUGUUAGUUUACGAAGUGAAGCAGAGAAGUUAAAAAUUCAGAGAAAUAACGUCGAAUCUCUUGGAGUUGGAAGAAAUGUUAAUUAGUGUUAAUAUAUGAAAAGUGGGCAGCAUAAAUAUAACAUUCACAAUAAAUCGAGAAAUUACACAUUUAAAAUUUUUAUCUUUUAAACGGACAAUACACAAUUAACUGCAAAUUCGGCGGAUGGUAUACUAAAAUGUAUGCCAUUAUUUAGCUCUAUUUUGAAACUCUACAAUCAGACAAUUUCUUUAACAAAACAUAAUACAUGAAGUCAGCACUUUUCAUUGUACCGUUAUUUGAUUUUUAAAGUUUACAUUUACGUCUGUAUCUGUGUAUCUGUAAAAUAUAUAUAUAAUUCGUGAAAAAAAAUAUAUAUUUUCAAAACAAUACUUUAAGCCUCAAAUCUAUGUACUACACACUCAACUCUAUAUAUAAAAGAUAGACCUAAAAACUCUUGUCAAAUGUCAUAUUUGUAGAUUUACUUACAUACAUACAAACAUACAUGCAUAUACAUAUAUAUAUGUAUUAGAAUUAUAUUUUAACAAUUGGCAGGCGAGCAACGAAAAGUGAUUAGUAGAAAGAAAUUAUGUGAUAAAUUUAUGUAAAAAAUACGUUCUUAAUAUAAAUAUAUUUUUUUUUUAAUAUUUUGUAUAAAUUUCAAAACAAAAACCGAAGUGCACACUUUACCAAGGUGCUUCAAAUAUAAUUUGCAACAGCAAAAGCCUUUGGAGAAAUAUGUUUUUUCAAAACACAGCAAAAAAUAUUAAAAAACGUGAAAUUUAACAAAGUUAUGAAUGUAACAACCGAAAAACUCAAACAACCUAGGGCCCUUGCAAAAGGCGGGAGCAAAUAAAAUACAAAAAUACAAUACAAUAGAACUACAAGCGAAAAUCAAUUGGAAAGAACAUUAAAUACAAUAUAAAAUGUGUAAUAAACAAAAAAUAGCGAAAUAAACGUAAAUAGCGACAAACAAUAAAACAAAAACAAUAUACAAUAAAUGCAAAGCAAAAAAAAACAAAAA